UACAUUGAAGGAAGAAACACCCCGGCUGAGGAAAAUGGCCGAUGUAGAGAUGGAUAUCGCGUCUAGCAGAAUGAAUAACGGAAACGAGCACGUGAAAGAAGAUUUGGAGAGCCAUGACAAGAGUGGGAGUGAGGAGGAGAGUGGUGAGAAUUCAGAAGAAGAGCGGGAGGAGAAAGAAGUCGGAGAGGGGGAAGCAGAAACUAACGGAGAAAAGACAGCGAAUGUGUCCAAACAUCACAGCAGUGGCAGCAAACACAAGAAGAAGAAACACAAACACCGCAGCAAGCACAAAAAACACAAGCACGCGUCCGAAGAGGACAAGGAUCGAAAGCGCAAACAUCGACACAAACACAAGAAACACAAACGUAAAGAUGGGUCUUCUUCUUCUGCCCCUGGCAUCAACAGCGCCUCCAGCCAGAGAAAGACUCACAUCUCCCCUUCAUCUGACGACAAGGCCUUAUUGGAGGAGUUGGAGAAACAGAGGGCCAUGAUUAAAGCUGAGCUGGACAGCCAGGUGAUGGAAGGGGGUAAGGUGCAGUCAGGCAUGGGCCUCAUCCUACAGGGUUAUAACUCUGGCUCUGAGGAGGGAGACGGAGAGGGCAGGGUCCGGAACGGGGAGCAGCGUCAGAAGGGCAGCAUGGGGAAACCCCCCUCCCCCAGGGGUAGGAGUGGUAAAGCCAGACGGGACUCCACAGAAGCCAGCAAGUCCAGCUCUAAGCGCCACAGUCGGAGCAAGUCCAAGGAGAGGACAGGCAAGGAAUCCAAGUCGGACAAAACAACCAAAGGCAGCAAAGACGUGGCCACCAAAGGCCGUGGCCGCAGCAAAUCAAAAGAGAGGAAGCGUUCCCAAAGCGGGGGAAGGUCCAAAGAGAGAAACAAGAAGUCUCCUUCCCCCUCCAGCAGGAGAGCAGAGCAGAGGAGCGUCCGCUCAGUCAAACGCUCUUCGCCCCAGCCUGACGACAGACCAAACACGGAGCGUGGCAGCCGGAGGUCCAGAUCACGGGAGCGUCCAGGGCGGUCGGAGUCAGAAAGAGAGCGAGACAAGAGGCCGACAAAGUCACCUUCCAAGGAUGCUUCGUCAGGGAAAGAGAACCGCUCUCCCCACAGGCGAGGAGGAGUGCCCAUUAGCCCCUCGAGGAGACGCAGCGCCUCCCCACGCCCCACCAGAGACUCCCAGCAGGCAUCCGCUUCAGCCUCCACCUCCAAACAGGGCUCUCCUUCCAGAUCAGCCAGGUCCCCAGCAAGGAGAGGCCGCAGUCGCUCCCCAGAUGCCAGGAGGAGGGAUGCUGACAGACAGGGCUCCUCACCACUCCGAAAGCGAAUACGUCCAGAAGCAGGGCCAGGGGGUAGAGCGAGGUCACGGGAGACCAGCCCCAGAGGUGCUCCCCAACGUCGCAGGAUGAGCCGCUCACCCUUCAGAAGAAGGUCCCCCUCGCCCUUCCGGAGACGGAGCAGGUCUCCAAUGAGACGCAGGUCGCCGGAGAGAGACAGAUACGGCCGUCUCAGACAGUACGGCCGGCGCUCCAACUCCCGGGACCGGGACAGGAGGAGGAGACAUGGCCGGGACGAGGACAAGUUCAAGGGUAGCCUCUCUGAGGGCAUGAAGGCCGACAAGGAGUCCUCCGAGGAGGAAGUGCUUGAGGACUUUGACGGUGAGGAGGUGGAUGAAGAGGCCAUCAUAGAGCAGCGCCGGCAGCAGCGCCUGGCUAUCGUCCAGAAAUACCGUGGCGGCAACGAGGACAGCAUGGCGUCCAUGGCGUCGGAGCCCAGCAGCCCGCAGAGCAGCACGCGGAGCCGCUCGCCCUCGCCAGACGAUGUCCUGGAGCGUGUGGCGGCCGACGUCAAGGAGUACGAGCUGGAGAACCUGGACACGUUUGAGGAGAACAUCAAGGCCAAGCAAGGCCUCAUCACGCAGGAGAAGGACGGACCCAAAAAGCCCUCGGCCCCUGAUAUGUUUACGGAGUCGGACGUCAUGUUUGAAGCAGCCAUUGAUAGUGCCAGGAUGAGAGCAGCAGGUGUUGGGGGGAAGGACUUCAAAGAGAACCCCAACCUCCGGGACAACUGGACCGAUGCAGAGGGUUACUACCGCGUGAACAUCGGGGAGACGCUGGACAAGCGCUACGACGUGUACGGCUACACAGGCCAGGGAAUGUUCAGCAACGUGAUCAGGGGCAGGGACACGGCCCGCGCCGGACAGGAUGUGGCCGUCAAGAUCAUCCGCAACAACGAGCUCAUGCAGAAGACUGGCCUGAAGGAGUUGGAGUUCCUCAAGAGGCUCAACGACGCCGACCCAGACGACAAAUUCCACUGCUUGCGCCUCUUCAGACACUUCUACCACAAGCAGCACCUGUGUCUGGUGUUCGAGCCCCUCAGUAUGAACCUGCGCGAGGUGCUGAAGAAGUACGGUAAGGACGUGGGCCUUCACAUCAAGGCUGUCCGCUCCUACACCCAGCAGCUCUUCCUGGCACUCAAACUCCUCAAACGUUGCAGCAUCCUCCACGCUGACAUCAAGCCUGACAACAUCCUGGUGAACGAGUCGAAGACCAUCUUGAAACUCUGCGAUUUUGGCUCGGCGUCCCAUGUGGCAGACAACGACAUCACGCCGUACCUCGUCAGCAGAUUCUACAGAGCUCCAGAAAUCAUCAUUGGGAAGCCGUACGACUACAGCAUAGACAUGUGGUCAGUGGGCUGCACGCUGUACGAACUCUACACCGGCAAGAUCCUUUUCCCCGGCUCCUCCAACAACCACAUGAUCAAACUGGCCAUGGACCUCAAGGGCAAGAUGCCCAACAAGAUGAUCCGGAAAGGCCUGUUCAAAGACCAGCACUUUGAUCAGAACCUCAACUUCCUCUACAUUGAAGUAGACAAAGUGACCGAAAGGGAGAAGGUAACAGUGAUGAGCACCAUCAACCCCACCAAGGACCUGCUGUGUGACAUGGUGGGUUGCCAGCGGCUGCCCGAGGAGCAGAGGAAGAAGGUCCUGGUCCUAAAAGACCUGAUCGACGGCACGCUGAUGCUGGAUCCAGCCAAACGCAUCAGCAUCAACCAGGCCCUGCAGCACCCCUUCAUCCAGGAGAAGAUCUGAACUCAGACCAGCCCAACCAUCAACCAGGCCCUGCAGCACCCCUUCAUCCAGGAGAAGAUCUGAACUCAGACGAGCCCAACCAUCAACCAGGCCCUGCAGCACCCUUUGAUCCAGGAGAAGAUCUGAACUCAGACCAGCCCAACCAUCAACCAGGCGAAGAUCUGAACUCAGACCAGCCCAACCAUCAGACAGGCCCUGCAGCACCCCCUUCAUCCAGGAGAAGAUCUGACCUCAAACCAGCCCAACCAUCAACCAGACCAGCCUUGCCAGGUAGAAAUACAAGACCAGACGCCCCAUUGAGAAUGUUAUGGAUAAAUUGUUUCCCCUAUUUUGAUUAUGAUGGGUACGAUAACCUGGUAUGUUUUAAUUGUAAAUAAGUAAAAUAGACAUUCAUGAAGAAGAAAAAAUAAUUUUGAUUUAUCAUCAUACACCCACCCCCCUCCGGCGGUGAUGCAGCAGUUAUGGACUAUUUCUAUUUAACUGGCAUUGAAGUGAAUGACAUUAAAAUAAUAAAAUUCUUGUAAACAUG